AUGCCAAAAUCAAAACGUGAAGUGGAUGUGUCUUUAACCCGGGUAAAAAAAAAGACGAAAGAGCAGAAAAUAAAAUUGGUCGAUGAAAUACGAAAAUGUGUUGAUACGUACAAGAAUUUAUUUGUUUUUGGAAUUGAGAAUAUGCGCUCGACGAAAUUCAUUGAAAUUCGACAAAAAUAUAAAAAUAAUUCACGUUUCUUCUAUGGCAAAAAUAAUGUUAUGGCGAUAGCAUUGGGCAAAACUCCAUCUACAGAAUAUGCGCGUGAAUUGAAUAAGGUCAGUGGUGUGUUGAAAGGAGAAUGUGGUUUGAUGUUUACAAACGAAGAUCAAAAAACUGUUAAAAAAUAUUUCACUGAGUUGCACAUGUCAGACUUUGCUCGAUGUGGUCAAAUUGCAGUUGAUACGAUUGAACUGUGUGAGGGACCAUUAAUGCAGUUUCCGUUUUCUCUGGAACCACAACUCAGGAAAUUUGGCUUGCCAACUAAAUUGGAAAAAGGUGUGGUGACGUUGAUAUCUCAUUACGUUGUUUGCAAAAACGGUGACAAAUUAACAGCCGAUCAGUGCAGGCUAAAAAACAAGAAACCAUUUACUAGUAAUGAUCCAUCUACUGCAGCUAUUCAAAUACAACCGCAAACAGAAUCCAUUCCUACCAAAGUUUCAAAACAAGCGAAGAAUUUGAAAUUCAGUGAAAGCAAGGCUUAUUUUGGCAUUGAUAAGCGAAAACCAUUGGAUGAGACGAUAAUAGUGCCUUCACAGCCCUAUCUGGAAGCUUUGGAUUCUGCAGUUCACAAACGAAGAGUAAUUGCAUCAUUUUUAAGCAGUCUUGCGGCAGUAUGUUUCUACUUCUGGUAUUCUAGAAGAGAUUAUGAUGGAUUCCUGAAUGCUCCUAAAUACGAAGUAGUGCCAACCCUGAAAAGGUAUGCUUUACGUCAACAAAUAAAAGAAGCACGUGAAAGCGGAAAAGAUACGACAUAUUUGAAAGCGGCGUUAGAAUAUGUUGAUGUGGAGGAAGCUGUAUAUCGAGCUGAAGAGGGUGCUUUUACACUUGACAGUUGA